UUAAAACUCAGGGCAUGAGAAACUUAAAAGCACGUCUACAGUGGACGCAGCCGGCUGAAGAAGCUUUCAUUCACUUGAAACAGCUUUUGGCCAGAGCAACAGAUCUAGCUUUGCCUGACUACUCCUUGCCUUUUCAUCUAGAUGUUUCUGAAACAAAUGGAGCUGUAAAUGGCAUUUUGUUUCAGAAAAAGGGGGGUGAGAGACAGAUUUUAAUGUAUGCUAGUGUUUUGCUAGACAAUACAGAAAUAAGACACCCACCUUGCACCCAACUUGCAGCAGGACUAGCAAAAAUCAUCCAAAAAACAGUUCACAUUGUAAUGGGUCAUCCUUUAAACAUCCUCACCUCUCACAAUGUCGUAGCCUAUGUCAACUCACAAAUUUUCACGAUGACAUCAUUGAGACAACAGAGAAAGAGUAAAAUAUUAGGGGCUCAUAAUUUACUAUUCUCACAUGAAGGCAUAAACAUGGCUGACAGAAUGACAACAGGACCAACACAUGACUGUAUGAGAAAAGUGCAGACAGAAGAAAAAAUCAGGCCAGAUUUAGAGACAGAACACAUACCAGGCUCAGAAGUUUUGUACACAGACGGUUGUUGUUUCAGGAUGGAAGAUGGUAACUCAAAAUCAGGAUUUGCAGUGGUGAGACAGGAAGGUCAAAGGAUUGAGAUUCUGCAGUCAGGAAAGCUAGAAGGACAACAGUCAGCUCAAAAGGCAGAAAUUCAGGCAGUGGUAGAAGCUUUAAAGGAAAGAGCUGGAAAAGAGGUUACUCUGUACACAGAUUCAGCUUAUGCCUAUGGUGCAGUUCAUGUCCAGUUACCUCAGUGGAAAAGAGCAGGGUUCUUGACAGCAGGACAGAAACCCAUUAAACAUGAGAAGUUGAUGAAAGAGUUGGCUGAGAGUUUGUUACUUCCAAAGAAGGUUGCAGUGGUGAAGUGCAAAGGUCAUGACAUGACUGGGUCGGAAACAGCAGAGGGAAACAGGCAGGCAGACAGAGCAGCAAAAGAUGCAGCAGGAUACACAGG